AUGGACUCUUCGUGGCCCGGUUCUCAGCUUCACCAGAGAAUAGACGGUUUGGAAUCUCGAGAGAAACAGCGACUGAGGUUCAGAAGACCUGAGGAAAGGCCCGAGACACCUGAAAGUCGGCUGGAGACACCUGAGAAUCGGCCUGAGACACCUGAGAGUCGACCUGGGAAUGGCGGCGGCGACGGCAGGGGGAAGCAGCGCGACGGCAAGAAAGUGCGCAUGGUGCAAUACCCCUACAAGCCGCUGCUGCCACGCGAUGGGUUCAGCUGGGUCAAGUACGGUCAGAAGAAACUCACCACGGGCGACAACAUGAUGAGGCUCUACUUCCAGUGUGGCCUGCGCACGUCCCACGCCUGUCCUGCACGGCGCACCGUGGACCUCAGUUGCUGCGACCCCUCCGCUCCUCUGCUGCUCAACUACCACUGCACGCACAACCACCCGCCUCACUACCACGCCGCUGCUGCCACUACCACUACCUCUCCUGGGACGCUGCCCAAAGGCCCCUCAGUCAAAGACCGCGCAACUGUAACGAAGGAUUCUGCAGCUGUGACUGCUGGUGGUGCUGCUACUGCGGCUGCUGUGGAUUGUGUUAACAGCAGCCCGGCGAGCAAGCGGGCGGCUGUCAAGGAGGACGCAACGGCGGCAAAGGCUGGUUCCCCUGCCUCCUCUCCGUCAUGCCUGCCAGCCCGGGUUUCCAGUCCAGUCAGCUGCGGCACGUGGGGGGCUCCGUCCGUGCCUUCACUCUCCACACCCUCCCGCCCCGGCUCGAAUGCGUCUUCUUCCGCUGGCGCUGCUGGUGCAGUCAGCACUGGAGGAACGAGGGCUUCUGGGGGCAGGAGAAUCUGGAUCUGUUCCGGCUGA